AUGAAUCAACAAAUCCAAGAGCUUAAGGCUCGCAACAAUAUGGUUGAUUCUCAAUUAGCUCAAGUGGCCGAAAAUUCUUCCUUAAACUCUUCUUCUAAACUACCCGGACAACCAAACACAAACCCAUCUCACAACCUCAAACAACCCGACACAUGCAAGGCGAUCACCUUGAGAUCGGGAGCUUCUUAUGAAGGCCCAAAAGGGAGUGAGGAGGUAGAGAAAGAAGGGGAAGAUAAGAAGGGAGAUGAGGAGUUAAAUGUUGAGAAAGAAGUUGAAUACAAGAAGUCCAAGGGUAAGGACCUCAUUGACACUAGCAAGUAUGAUAAUCCGGUACCUUAUCCCGGGAGGGUUGCGGAACGAAGGUUGAAUGACAAAUUUGCAAAGUUUCUUGAUGUGAUGAAAGGGUUACACAUCAACCUACCUUUCCUUGAAGUGGUGACACAAAUACCAUCUUAUGAAAAGUUCCUCAAAGAUAUCCUAUCGAAUAAAAGGAAGCUCAAGGAUGAAUUUAUUACACUUCCACAUCAAGUGAGUGCGCUUGUUCAACAUAAGAUGCCAAAGAAGCAAAGAUACCCCGGAAGUUUCACAUUGCCGGUCAAGAUUGGCAACUUGGAGCCCAAAGGAGCUCUAUCCGACCUUGGGGCUAGUGUUAGCCUAAUGCCAUUGUCCAUUUCUCAACAAUUGAAUAUCGAGAUGACACCCACAAGGAAGACCAUUCAACUAGCCAACCGAUUGGUUAAGUUGCCUUGCAAAGAAAUUGAAGAUGUCCCCAUUCAAGUGGGACACAUUUAUGUACCUUGUGAUUUUGUUGUAAUGGAUAUUGAGGAGGAUGAGAACACUCCUUUGAUUCUUGGAAGGGAAACAUUGAAGACAUUAGGGGCCGUCAUUAAUUGCAAAAACAAUACCAUUACUUGUGAAGUAGCCGAUGAAAAGAUUGUUUUUGAAUUCUCUAAGAUACUCAAGACCCCCAUGGUUGAGAAGUGUUGUAGGGUUGAUGUGGUAGGUGAGGAGUUGGAUCAUUUGGGAAGGGUUAUGAUGAGCCCUCAAGAUCCAAUGGUUGAGGCUCUUACAUGCGAGGAAGAGUACUACUCUCACGAGGCAAAGGAGUUUGUCAUGACUAUUGAAGAAGCCAAAAGAGAGAAAGAGAACGAUCCUAAGCAUGAUGAGCUAGCACAAGAAGAGGAGAAAUUGGAGGAGAUGCAAGCUCCAGAUUUGAGCUUGCCAUUUGAACUAAUGUGUGAUGCUAGUGACUUCGCAGUGGGAGCCGCAUUAGGUCAAAGAGCAGGAGGCAAGCUGCAUGUUAUUUCCUAUGCUAGUAGAACCUUGGAUGAUGCCCAAAAGAAUUAUACUACUACAGAAAAGGAGAUGCUUGCAAUUGUGUUUGCUAUGGACAAGUUUCGGCCCUAUCUUGUUUGA